CACACACCACACACACACACACACACACACACACACACACACACACCACAAGAGAAACCGGCCGGUCCCCUGUGAGCCCUGAGUGGCAUAGCGAUGGACAGCUGGACCCUCCAGGGGGACAGCUACUCAUUCCUCCGCAGCUCCCUGCGCCACCGCGACGGAACCCCAAACCACGUGGAGAUCUUCGACAUCACCAACAUCCCCAGCCACCGCUCAGCCAUCUCUGAGACCACCUGCCUCUGUGACAUCUUCGGGGACGACUGCGAGUCACGGCCUCCUUCACUCUCCAGCAGCCCCGCGGCAGGGGCCUUCGUCAACACUCCCUUUCCCCCUCCCGUAGGAGCAGGGGAGAGCUCAGAGUCGCCCCAAGUGUCACCCCCUGUGGUAGAUGAGCUGAACGACUCGACAAGUUCCUACCACACAGUGCCAGAGAACUUUGAGGAUUCCAGAGAGAAGCUCAGUCCUCCAACGCAGAGGGAGAAUAAUUAUCAUUUAUCUGAAGGCUGGAAGUCAGGACCUUUAGCUACUGCAGGAAACAACACAGCAUCAUCGGGAACGUCUAGGGACGUCAGCACAAGAUUAGAACAAGGAAACACAGCUCCAACACCUGGACGGAGGACAGCUGACUCCUCACCUGAGGAACCUAGCCUUACAUGUGGAGACAGAACGCCCUCACCUGGCUACAGUAAUACUACAACACCUUCACCUGGCUACAGUAAUACUACAACACCUUCACCUGGCGGUAAAGGUUCAGCUCCAUCAGUGGUCCAGCAUUCACCUGCCCCCUCACCACAGUGUAGGGAAACCCACCUGACACCUGAACCAGAGAAUAGAUACUCCAGCCCCUCAUCUGAAUCCGUGGUCCCUGUGCAUCCUAUUGAGGCCAGAGACAGAGCCUCCUCACCUGGAGUCAGAGGCACAGCCUCCUCACCUGACGAUACAAGUCUGUCUUUACCUGAGACCAGAGUAGCUCAGUGUUUACCUGAACUAAGGGACAUCAGCCACUCACCUGAGUUAAUAGCCAACCCUUUUUCACCUGAUUACAUAGUGUCAUUUCAACCUAGGGAUAGAGCCAUAACACCUGAGUCUAAACCUUCAUCCCUUUCAUCCCCACCUACGAUUAGAGGUACAGGUAUCUCCCCUCAGCUAGGAAGCCUCACCUCAGCAUUACCUGAGCUAAAGAAUAGAGAUUAUUCACCUGAGUUUAGGAAUAAAGCAUACUCACUGGACAAUCAAUGGAGAGUGUCCUUACCUGACCUGUUCAGCAGAACCUCUACACCUGAGUUAGAGAACUCUGUCAGUACACCUGAGUUAGAGAACUCCGUCAGUACACCUGAGUUAGAGAACUCCGUCAGUACACCUGAGUUAGAGAACUCCGUCAGUACACCUGAGUUAGAGAACUCCGUCGGUACACCUGAGUUAGAGAACUCUGUCGGUACACCUGAGUUAGAGGACUCUGUCAGUACACCUGAACUCAUACCUCACCUGUCCCCUUCAGAGACAGACCUGAGCUCCUCAGAGGAAGCCAGGAGCACCAUCUCAACACCUGCCCCAAGGUACACCCCUCCUACACCUGUCACCUCCUCACCUGAGCUCAGGUCUACCAGUACCACACCUGAACUCAGAUCAGCCAGCAUCACACUUGAAUUGAGAUCAACCAGUGUAAAACGUGAACUCAGUCUGCUCUGUGUCCCAACUGAACUCAGGUCAACCAGUGUCACAACCGAAGUCAGUUUAGCCAGUAUCCCACAAAGUGCUGAACUACUCAGGUCAACGAGUCUCACACCUGAAUUCAGAUCAGAUUCAUCCUCCUCAACUAGCUCAUACCACUCAGGUUCCUCCUCAUCCUCAGACACCUGGACAAGAACGUCCUCGAGAACCCCCUCAAGAACCCCCUCACCUGAAACACGCUAUAAUAGAACCACAUCAAGAACCACCUCACCUGAAACACGUUACAAUAGAACCCCAUCAAGAACCCCCUCACCUGAAACACGUUACAAUAGAACCCCAUCAAGAACCCCCUCACCUGAAACACGCUAUAAUAGAACCCCAUCAAGAACCCCCUCACCUGAAACACGUUACAAUAGAACCCCAUCAAGAACCCCCUCACCUGAAACACGUUACAAUAGAACCCCAUCAAGAACCCCCUCACCUGAAGUAAGGUACACCAGCCCUCCUAUAAAACCCAGGAGCACAGCGCAAUCACCUGAGAUCAGAAUCACAUCCUCCACACCAGAGAUCAAGAAAAGAGACCUCACACCUGAGGUACCUGGAGAGGUAAAGGCCAAGUCCCUGGACCCUCGGUUCAACUCCUCCUCCCCCCAGGUCUCAGGUAUCACCUACUCCAUCCUCUCCCCAGAAGCCAGGGUGCUGGUGUCAACACCUGAGAUCAACGAUCUCCUCUCCUCAGCUGAGCCACGAGGCAGAACACACCUGUCACCUGAGAGGAAGAGCACCACCCCUACCGAAGAGAACAGACGGAACAGUCUCUCACCUGACUCUAUAGGUAGAAGCUCCUCACCUGAGAUUACAGGGAUAUACAGCUCUAUCGUACAUCCUCCUGAGACUAGAGAAAUAGCUGAAUCACCUGAGCCACCCAGAUAUAAAAACCUCUCACCUGAGUAUAAAGCCCCCUCACCUCCUAAGAGUCAAACUGUCUCACCUUAUCCAACAUAUAAAACCCCCUCACCUCUGCCCGGGUACACAGCCCCCUCACCUGGAGUGGAAACUGCUCGCUCCUCAUCUGAGCUAAACACUUCAACCCCCUCACCUGGAGUAAAGAGUCCUGGCCCCUCACCUGAACGCAGGCCUUCACCUGGAGUAAAGAAUCCUGCCCACUCACCUGAACGCAGGCCUUCACCUGGAGUAAAGUGUCCUGCCCACUCACCUGAACGCAGGCCUUCACCUGGAGUAAAGAGUCCUGGCCCCUCACCUGAACGCAGGCCUUCACCUGGAGUAAAGAAUCCUGCCCACUCACCUGAACGCAGGCCUUCACCUGGAGUAAAGUGUCCUGCCCACUCACCUGAACGCAGGGCUUCACCUGGCUCACCUGGAGUAAAGUGUCCUGCCCACUCACCUGAACGCAGGGCUUCACCUGGAGUAAAGUGUCCUGCCCACUCACCUGAACGCAGGCCUUCACCUGGAGUAAAGUGUCCUGCCCACUCACCUGAACGCAGGGCUUCACCUGGCUCACCUGGAGUAAAGUGUCCUGCCCACUCACCUGAACGCAGGGCUUCACCUGGCUCACCUGGAGUAAAGAGUCCUGCCCACUCACCUGAACGCAGGGCUUCACCUGGCUCACCUGGAGUAAAGAAUCCUGCCCACUCACCUGAACGCAGGGCUUCACCUGGCUCACCUGGAGUAAAGAGUCCUGCCCACUCACCUGAACGCAGGGCUUCACCUGGAGUAAAGAGUCCUGCCCACUCACCUGAACGCAGGGCUUCACCUGGCUCACCUGAGAGGUGUAUUGGUAGCCUAUCAGAGCUACUCAUCACUAACGGCACCUCAAACCCCUUGGGUAAUCAUCUUUCUCACGACUCCAGGGAAGCAUCACCUACUGAAGAGAGUAGAGAGACCACCUCUUUACCUGUACUAGGAGAAGUUCCAGUCCCCUACAACUUCUCUACCAACACACCUGAGAUCCCUAACUUCACACCUGAGAUCCUAAACUUCACACCUGAGACCCCUAACUUCACACCUGAGAUCCUAAACUUCACACCUGAGACCCCUAACUUCACACCUGAGAUCCUAAACUUCACACCUGAGAUCCCUAACUUCACACCUGAAAUUAGAAACUUCACACCUGAAACCAGACACAUCCCACCUGAUCCCAUUGCUUCUUCAAGAGGAAGGAGCCCCUCCCUUUCACCUGACCACGGGGUUACAGGUAACUCACCUGUCCAGAGACUGGAAGAUCUGGAGCAUAAACAUCCAGCCUCAUCUCUAACCCCUGACCUUAGUGACAGCAACAACCCCUCACACAAGUCUCCUACACCUGAGCACCCAUGUAGAGAAACCUCACCCAACCCUAGGAAUAAAACCAUAGAUAGGCUAACUGAAGAAGACAUGGCUCAUCGUAUGAGUAAGGAAGACAUCCCUUCUCCUCCCCUCACCAGGUUCACUCCAGUACACAUCAUACCCCCGGCCCCAGCGAGGCCUCAUGGCCACUGGGGAAACAGGAGUACCAGUCCCUCUGAGACCCAGGCCAUUGAGGCCAUAAUGGAGUCUGAGAACAUAAUGGAGUCUGUUAUAGAAGCUGUGACAUCCAGGGGAAGACCCACUCUUUCCUCUGGUGACAGCAACAACAGGGCCUACAACAGCCAAACACGCCUGGAAAUGCUGGAGAGGGAGGAGGGGGAGGAGGAGGAGGAGGAGGAGAGGGAGAUGUUGUGGGAGAUGCAAGAGAGGGAUAGAGAGAGGCAGAGGGAAAGAGAAAGGAACAAGGAGAUGGAGGAGAGGGAGAGGGAGGAUGAGGAGAGGGAAAGAGAGAGGGAGAGGCAGAGGGAGGAGGAGAGGGAGAGGGAGAGAGAGGAAAGGGAGUGGGAGAGAAAGGAAAGAGAGAGACAGCGAGAGGAAGAAAGGGAGAGAGCAAUAGGGAGGGAGAGAGAGAGACAGGGGGAGGAGCGGGUGCCCCGAAAGGGGGAGGGGAAGCAGGAGGAAGCCAGUUACACGGGGGAACAGGUUGACCUGUCAUUCAGUGCCAGGAAUAGAAACGGGCCUGCAAGCCACGAAGCAGCUCCCACAAGCAGAGAGAGUCGACAGGGAAUGCCAGCAGCGCGCUCCUAUUCAGAGAGCCUGCUCACCACCAGACUACAGCAGAUACAACAGCUACAACAGCAACAACACGGUAUACUGCACAGAGCUGCACACAGCUCCCAGCCAGAGACAGCCAGAGGAGGUGGACCUGGACCUACCAAGAAGUUGCAGCAAGAGCCCAAGCACAAGCCUGCGAUACCUCAGCUCGGGAGCUCCUUUCCUGGACGCAUCCCAGCCGACGGCCCCAGCUCCAGCAUGGGCAGUGAGAUGGAUGAGGAGGACAACGAGGUGAAGUGGUUCAGUGACGUGGCCUUCCGCAGCCUGUCCUCUGGAUCCCCUCAGGUGGACUACCUGGACAUGUACAACUCCAGCCACUGCUCCUCCACCGGAGCCUCCCAGCCUUCCAUCCAGGACAGCCCAGCGGGGGCUAAUGCAGCCUGGCUGGCCUAUGCUGACCUCAGAGGGUCUGCUCCACGGCUGGACAAUGAAGACUUCCCAGUCCCACGCCAGCAGCAGCAGCCCUCCUCUGGAGCUUAUUAUCCACCUCUCGACGGCCUGGACCCAUCCAAAAAAUAUGAGAUGGGCAGCUUCGAGUGUGUAGACGUGGCUGUGGAGAGAGAGGAACCCAAGAAGGUGAGAAGAGGAGUGCCCAAGAGACAGAUCCAGCUGAAGAGAAGGAAUAAGGCCGAGCUGAAGCUGGGUGAGAACAGCGAUGGUAGUCCCAUCAUGGUUCCUAGUCCUGUAAUGGUUCCUGUGGCUCCUGUGGUUAUAAAGGACAGUCAUUCUCUACAGAGACACAACAGAGAGACGUUGCAGAGACAACACAGCACACCUGCUGCUUUGCAGGAAGCCUACCGCUCGGAACUCAGCCCUGAACCUGCCACUGAGCAGACCGAAAGGAAGGGCAAGCUCCAGAAGUCUUUGUCCCUUGACGAGACAUGUACCAAAACCAAGAUGGCCACUUGCCUGAUCAAGGGCAUCCUUUCCAAGAAGAUGCCAAAUGUUGGUAAACAAACCGAACAGGAAGGAGGAGGUGACCUCAGCCCCUCCGAGAACAAAACCCCUCCUCCUUCUGAGAGUGAAUUGUCAACCAUUAAAGAGUCCCCUAAACCAGAGACACAGAAUCUGAGUUCUAGUAUAAAUUCAGAAGACAGUCUUUCCUCUGAGGACCUGGCUGUGAGAAGAGAGACGAGCCCAAACAGUGACGUAAACAGACAACAGAGAAGUUUUGGGGUGAAACCCAGUAUUAGACCAACAAACCGUACUAUUAAUAUUAACUCCACUUCUCAACUGCGAAGCAACAAGAGACCUGAACCAACCUGCACAACCCCUGAGAUGAGUCCUGGUGCACGUUUUGCUCCAGUUAUCUCUCCUCAGGGAAACAAUAGAAUUGAAUCUCACUGCAACAGAACCCCUAACCAUGUUAGCCCUUGGAUGAGGUCUGAGCCCCAUACUACUAGUUGUCCUCAGAGAAACAAUGACAGAAUUGAAUCUCCUCUCAGAAACCCAAACUCUUGGAGAACUGAAUCGGUCAAACCAGAGAUGAGGUCUGAACUGGUGUUCCCGUUUGAAAGUACAAAACCCACAGAGAAGAACGCCAUGAUGGGAGUAAAGCAGACGCAUGGCAGUAAAUGUAGGAAUGAGAGGGAUGACAGUAAACAGAGGGAUGAGAAGGAUGACAAACAGGGAGGUGACUCAGCAGAUGCAGCUGCCUGGAACACCGACGUCCCUGCUGCCACUCGAGCCAACAGCACGCAGGCAGGAAUGACAAACAUAAAAACUCUGAACUCUGAAAACCAUAAACAUCCGAGCGUCAAGAGCACCUACACAUCCAAAACACCAGAGAUCACUCUGAAACCCAGCCCUGCUACAGAGAAAAAGAAAAAAUCUUCUCUAAACGUCUCACUGUCGCCCGAGCUGGAAACUAAACUUGAGGUUAAACAUGGGACUGCCUCCCCUGGGAGGACCUGUCAGAGAGAAACAAGAGAAGAAGACAGGAGAGUGGAGACUUCACAUAGAGAAACCAGAGAAGAAGACAGGAGAGUGGAGACUUCAAAUAGAGAAUCCAGAGAAGAAGACAGGAGGAUAGGGACCUCACAUAGAGAAUCCAGAGAAGAAGACAGGAGGAUAAGGACUUCACAUAGAGAAAAAAUAGAAGAAUACAGGAGAGUGGAGACUUCUCAUAGAGAAACCAUAGAAGAAGAGAAGGGAGUGAAGACCUUGAACAAGAUGAAUAAACAGACUGAGAAUGUGGAUGCCAAUAGGAAGGGUAAAGCCAAAGCUCCCCUGCACAAAGUGAGAGAUGUGAGAAGGCUGGUGAAAAACACAUACAACCUGUCAUUCAAGGCCAUGCCAGCACCAGAGAAGGAGGAGAGGAGGGAGGAGAGUGUGGAGGAGAGGAGAGGGGAACAAGGAGAGGAAAGGGGGGAGGAUAGAAAAGAGGAGAGGAGGGAGGACAGAUGUGAAGACAGGAAAGAGGAAAAGCCGGUGCCUCGUCCUCAGCCAAUGCAGAUAGAAUACAAAGCUGUCAGCUGGAGAGAAAACAAAAACAAAACAGGAACGUUCAUCCAAACAGACAGAGAAAUGUCUAGAGGCAAACCUAAGGUUGAUUCUUUACAGCAGGUGUCCACAGAUACAGCCAAAGUACCCAAGGACCCUUCUGAUGUAACAGCUAAGAGUUGCACAACAGAGGAAGUAGCUGUGACAGAGACAGAGUUAAACCAACACAAUACCCCUGUACAGGACACUGUCAAAACAGAAACAGGCAACACCAAGGUGAAACCCAGUGAUACAGAGUCACCGAGAGUAACCAGGAGACACCGAAGUGUAUCAGAGUCUAGUGACAAACCUGAAGUGGUGAGAAGAGAUACAAAGCCACCUAUGCUGGGCAGCAGCCCUAAACUCCCCAUUAAAGACAAAGAAGUGUCUAGUGCUUCUCUGGUGCUACAGAAUGGAUCCAAUAAGCCCAAGUCAUUCUCAGCCCCAGCUCCAGCCUCCCCGGCCCUGGCGUCUCCGGCUCCCUCCUGCCCUAUUCCAGCCUCUCCAGCCCUGGUCCCAGUCCCAGCCUCCCCAGCUCCUGCCUCAUCCCCAGCCCCAGCUCCAACCCUGGUCUCCUCACCUGGUCGCAAAGCUUCACCAGCUCCAGCUUCUCCUCCAGCCCCAACCUCAUCCCCAGCUCCAGUUCUAGGCACUCCACAUUCCUCUGUCCCCACCAAGAUCCCCACCCAUACCCCCAGCCACUCCGUGUCCAUACUGGUCAAGGAGAAGGGCUACCAGGCAGAUAUUGGGUCUGUGGUCUCUGAGGCUGUGUCAGAGGAGAUAAGAAGGAGUGGGGGUGAAGGUGGGGGUGGAGGGGUUCCAAGGAAACAUAUAAACCAAAUAGAGAUCCCUCUUCAGACCCGUGGACCCUCAGAUGGGGGUACGAAUGACUCACACAGACAGAGAACCUACUCGUCCUCGUCUACAUCCUCUAUGCAAGCAGCCUCAUCCGCAUUAUCCUCAAGCACUGUGCAAGCAGCCUCAUCCUUAUCAUCCUCAAGCACAGUGCAAGCAGCCUCAUCCGUAUCAUCCUCAAGCACUGUGCAAGCAGCCUCAUCCGUAUCAUCCUCAAGCACUGUGCAAGCAGCCUCAUCCGUAUCAUCCUCAAGCACUGUGCAAGCAGCCUCAUCCGUAUCAUCCCCAAGCACUGCGCAAGAAGCGUCAUCCUUCUCCAUGUCUUCCGUCAAUGCAUCAACCUCAGCCUCAUCCUUUUCGUCAUCUUCCAUCAAUGCAUCAGUCUCUUCCUCUCAUACCCAUUCGGUCCCAAAUUCUCCCAGGCUUCGAAGAGUCUCCGCUCAAACUGAUGACAGAGUUAGGACCACUUUUAAUCAGGAAAGGAUUAGUGUCAGAGCCACAGUCAGAGACAUAGAGCAACGCACGGCAUCAUCACCACCACCCCCACAGAAGAAAACACAAGAAGACACUGCUGAAAAGGAGACAGUGAAGAAAUCAUCCUACUCACCUAAGUUACCAGGUUCGCUACCAGGCUCACCAGCACUGAUGAGAAGAUACCGACCACAAGUGAUCGAGGUGAGGUCAUUGUCUAAAGAAAUACAUAAACAAGAUAAACAAGAGAAGACCGUCACGUCAAGCACCAGACCGCAAACUAUAGAGGUUCACUCAAUAGCCAACGGCCCACCAGUGGCACCAAAACCAAAGUUCAGACAAACAGAUGCAAAUUCACUGUCCAGUGAAACACAGCAGAAACCAGCGGAGGCAACAUCAAGCUUCAAACAGCACACAGAAGAGGAGAAAGCUGUGCCCAAUGAGAAACCAUCAACUUCAGCUACAACGAUCCACAGACAUCUAUCGAACGAUUCGACCCCAGCGUCUAACUAUAAUAAAAAGUUAUCGGUUUCUGCAGUGUCCAGCUACAGGCCUUCACCUACCAAAACAACAAUCAUUGCUAGUUUCUCUCACAAAACACCAUCAACAACAGUAGACACAGAGACAUCCAAUGAAAGGCCAAAUCAACCAGGGGCUUCAACCCAGGGACAAGGACAGGCCCCCAGCUACACACAGAGACCCACAACCCUCACAGUCUCAGCCCCAGCUCCAGCUCCAGCCCCAGCUCCUACCCACGCCCCUGCUGCCCCAGCUCCAGCUCCUGCCCCAGCUCCUACCCACGCCCCUGCUGCCCCAGCUCCAGCUCCAGCCCCAGCUCCUACCCACGCCCCUGCUUCCCCAGCUCCAGCUCCAGCCCCAGCUCCUACCCACGCCCCUGCCAAACACUCAAGCCAGUCAGCUAUUGUGGAUAUAACCAGCCACCCGGUAUCCACAAACACACAGGCCCCCGUAUACACACACCACAUACACACACAGCAGCCUAUACACAGAUCCUUGUCCAGCGACCACUCGCAGAGGGCAGACAACCUGCGCUUCUACGCAUCAGACGACCCCCCUAGCUACGACGAGAGGGAAAGCUUCAGCCCCCUCCACCUACCUGACCUGCCCCAGAGGAAGCUGAACCGCUACCACCCCUCCUCUUCCUUCUCCUCUGCUUCCUCCCGUCCCCCUCCCUGUUCCUGCACCUCUGGCUGCCCCUCCCAUGGCCUUACACCCCCUCACCACCACCACUCCCCCCACACCCCUCCCUUCCCCUCCCACUCCCCCGGCCAGGCGCUGCCUUACUCCAUGGGGGGUCAACCCCCUCUCCGCUCACACCAGUGCAGAGCAGAUCCCCAGCCUCUGAGUUCAAUCAGCUACCAGCCCAGCUCUCCCAAAUUAUCCACCCUCCCCAGCCCCCCCCAGCCCCCCCCAGGCAUGUACCAGUCCCUCCACCAACCGCAGCCCUCCAUGAUCCAUUCCUGCACGGCCGGCCACCCUCUCCAGCACCCACAACACAUGGACCCCCGUCGGGCCCCACCGCUCCACCGGUCCCCUCACGGCCAGCCACCUGUCUCUGGGGGCCCCUACAGUGACCACAGCCACUCUCCUAAUCUGCCCCCUAUGGACCCUCAGUACCUGUGCAGCCCACAGAGCCUGGGGCCAUCUUAUGGGUCUGAGUAUGGGAGUCUGUCUGGGUCUGACUACCCAGACAGUACAGGUGGUCUGGGGUACGGGCAAACCCCUCGCAGGGUCCUCAUGGAUCCUGACACGGGGAAGUACUUCUACAUUGAGGUGCCUGUGCAGCCACUGAGGAAGAUGCUGUUUGAUCCAGAGACGGGCCAGUACGUGGAGGUGCUCAUCCCUCAGAGUACCAUGUCUCACUCAGGCCUCUACCCUACCUCGGCCGCCCCCUACUCCCCCGCCUCUGCGGCCCCCUUUUCCUCCAUCCACAACCCCAACAUGUACGCCCCCGCCCCCCAAUACCUCCCCUAUGGCCCCCCUCCACCUGCACCUCACCCCCAGCCCCAGCCACCCCGUCAACCAGAGGCUCCAGCCCCAGGGACGAUGCACCAGAAUGGAGCUCAGGUCGGCUACGGGAGCCCCGGGAGCCAGGGGUCCAAGCCGGAGCUCCAGAGUCAUGCACCUCUGGACCAGAGCUACCUGGAUAGCAUGUACUACGUCCCUACAGGCAUGAACACUAGUCCCCCGGACUGCUACCACAAACAACCCUCCAGUCUGCCCAACGCGGGGGGGAAGAGGGCCUGAAAUAGUCGUCUUCCUGGUGCCUGUAGGGUCUCAGAAUACAGCCAGGCCAGGGUGUACACGAGGAGGUCUAAUGUUAGACUCAGGCCUUAUUGUUAACUUUGUUUCCCUGGCAACUGGACUGGAGAGAAUGAUUCUUUAGUUGUGGUUGUUUGUUGUUUAUGUCCUUCACUGCUUUUUAUUAGUUUGAUUGCCUGAUUAUGUUUGAUUUUUAUGCAUUGAUUUGGUAAGAGAAAAAAACAUGAUCAUGUUGAAGGUCCUUGAUGAUCUUUCUGGGAUUUCGACAAAACCAAACUGUGACCAUUUUCUACUGGUUACCUAACAGCCAAAAGGUGUGCCUCAUCCAUUCUCAUAGAUUGUUCAUUAAAUCUAAACUAACACUGUUCACAUUUACAUUACAUGUAGAAACAUGUUCCAACUGAUCUUGCACAUGCAUAAAUCUAAUAUUUGAAAUAAAUUCACAUUGUAUUAAUUCUAAUAUCUCCCAAAAACUUGAAACUGCAAUCUUAAUAUAAUAAUAAUAAUAUAUGCCAUUUAGCAGAUGCUUUUAUCCAAAGCGACUUACAGUCAUGUGUGCAUACAUUCUACGUAUGGGUGGUCCCGGGAAUCGAACCCACUACCCUGGCGUUACAAGCGCCAUGCUCUAUCAACUGAUCUUGGGAAGAUCUCAUGGAUGUCAUGUUUCUCUCUGUUUAUUUCUGAAUGAGUAGGUUUUGUUCACAGAGCAGAUGCAAUGACACCAAUAAAAAUGUGUAAAAUAAUGUAAUAAAACUACUGUAGAAUGCC